AGAAGCUUGGCGACUGAAGCAGCAGAAACUUGGGCCUCGGGAGUAGAGCGCAGAGAGGAGGAGACACGGGACAGUGUCACGGUACCGAGCACCGCGAUAGGUGGCAACUACCGGGUCCGAUUCCGCGGAGUAGCCGGGUAGAGCUGCCCAGCUGGUUGUCUUUCUAUCUUCUCAGAGUCCUUGGAGGGCAAGAGUGCACCCAGCGCCUAGCGGGCAGGCGGAGCUGGGAGCCCUUUAAGCCCUACGAUCAACGUCGAGGCAGAAGUAAGCCCUUAGGGCACGGGAGGAACGCGUCCAGGGUGCAGAGGUGAGAACGCUGAGCAGCCGCAGCUCCCCUCCAUCUGUCGUCCCCUCGCCGUACACCUGUGAAAGAUGUCCAGGGAGUGUGCCCCGGAGGAGAAGAAUUUCCUCAAUCUGAUCCUGUGCUUCAGGCCCAGGCUGAAACAGUACAUCCGAGUGGAACCAGUGCUGGACUACCUGACUUUUCUGGGUCGAGUUGAGAAAGAACACAUUCAGCAAACCGCCGCUUCUGAGGGGAACACGGUAGCGGCCGAGUUACUCUUGAGCACGCUACAGAAGGGGACCUGGGGCCCUGGCUGGACUCAGGAGUUUCUCACGGGGCUUAAGAAUGGGGGCUGCACCUUAGCUGCUCGCUAUAUGAGCCCAGACCUCGCCGACUUGCCCUCUCCAUCGUUAGAGACCUCUUAUGACCAGUGCGUCCAGCUGCUGGACCUUUUGCAACCCACCCUGGUCGACAAGCUUCAAGCUACUGAUGUUGUGGACAGAUGUUUGGAAAAGGCUUUGCUAACGAAGGAAGACAGAAAUCGGGUUGCUCACCUUGAUGAAAGUUAUGGUAAUGAACGUGCUGUCAGGGAACUGCUGAGUAGAAUAGUGCAAAAAGAAGAUUGGUUUUCUAAAUUUCUAAGUAUCCUUCGUGAAGCUGAAUAUUUUCAACUUGUUGAAGACCUCACAGGCAUCAACUGCUUGGAAGACAAUGAAGAGAUUAAGGAAAAUGGAAUUGAGAAAUUAUCCCCAAAGGAUGGUCGUGUCAUUGAAGAGACACUUAUUUCUUUAUCGGAUCAACGAGAGCAAGAAAAUGAUAGCCUAGCUGUUGAAAGUGAUGAAUUGGAAUCUUCUUUUGCAGACUCUUCUGUGAUUUCAGAAUCAGACACAAGUUUGGCAGAAGGAAGUGUCAGCUGCUUAGAUGAAAGUCUUGGACAUAACAGCAACAUGGGCAGUGUUUCAGGCACCAUGGGAAGUGAUUCAGACCAAGAUGAUGAGAAGAAAAGAGCAUCUCCUGAGCCAGAACUGGUCCUCCGGUCUUACCAAAUGGAAGUAGCCAAACCAGCUUUAGAAGGGAAGAAUAUUAUUAUAUGCCUUCCUACAGGAAGUGGGAAAACAAGAGUAGCUGUUUACAUUGCCAAGGACCACUUAGAUAAGAAGAAAAAAGCAUCAGAGCCUGGAAAAGUUAUGGUGCUUGUGAAUAAGGUACCAUUAGUUGAACAGCACUUCCGUAAAGAGUUUAAACCAUUCUUGAAGAAAUGGUAUCAAGUCAUUGGAGUGAGUGGUGAUUCCCAACUGAAAAUAUCAUUCCCAGAAGUUGUAAAAUCCAAUGAUGUUAUUAUCAGUACAGCUCAAAUCUUGGAGAAUUCCCUUUUGAAUUCAGAGAAUGGAGAAGAUGAUGGUGUCCAGUUAUCAGACUUUUCCCUCAUCAUUAUUGACGAAUGCCAUCAUACCAACAAAGAAGCUGUCUAUAAUAACAUAAUGAGACAUUACCUGAAACAAAAGAUGAAGAACUGUCGAUUCAAGAAGGAAAAUAAGCCAGUGGUACCUCAACCUCAGAUACUUGGACUGACAGCUUCACCUGGCGUGGGAGGGGCCAAAAAGCAAGCCAAAGCUGAAGAACAUAUUUUAAAAAUAUGUGCUAAUCUUGAUGCAUAUACAAUUAUCACGGUUAAAGAAAAUGCUGCCCUUUUAAAAGAACAAGUGAAGGAACCUUAUAAGAAGUUUGUGAUUGCAGAUGACAACAGAGAAAAUCCAUUUAAAGAGAAACUUCUAGAAAUAAUGACAAACAUUCAGACCUUUUGUCAGAUGAAUCCAACAUCUGAUUUUGGGACACAAACCUAUGAACAAUGGGUCAUUCAUCAGGAAAAAAGAGCUGCUAAAGAAGGGAAUCGCAAAGAACGUGUUUGUGCAGAGCAUUUGAGGAAAUACAAUGAAGCUCUACAAAUCAACGACACAAUCCGAAUGAUAGAUGCAUACCACCACCUCAAAAGUUUCUAUAAAGAUGAAAAGGAGAAGAAGAUAGCAGCCCAAGAUUAUGAUAGCGAGGAGGAGGAAGAGGAGGAAGACGACAAUAAAAGGAAGCCAUUGAAAUUAGAUGAAACAGAUCUGUUUCUUCUAGAUUUAUUUUAUGAAAAUAAGAAAAAAUUGAAAAAAUUGGCCCUCACUCCAGAUCAUGAAAAUGAAAAACUGACCAAAUUACGAAACACCAUAAUGGAAGAGUUUACUAAAACUGACGGAUCUGUAGCCCGAGGAAUAAUCUUCACCAAGACUCGGCAAAGUGCAUUUGCUCUCUCUCAGUGGAUUAACGACAUUGAAAAAUUUGCAGAAGUAGGAGUAAAAGCUCAUCAUCUGAUUGGGGCUGGAAAUAGCAGUGAAUUUAAACCCAUGACACAGAAUGAACAAAAGGAAGUAAUUAAUAAUUUUCGUACUGGAAAAAUAAACCUACUUAUUGCUACCACAGUAGCGGAAGAAGGCCUGGAUAUAAAAGAAUGUAAUAUUGUUAUCCGUUAUGGUCUUGUCACCAAUGAAAUAGCCAUGUUACAGGCCCGAGGUCGAGCUCGAGCUGAUGAAAGCACAUAUGUAUUGGUGGCAAGCGGUGGCUCGGGAGUGGUCGAACGUGAAAGUGUUAAUUUGUAUCGUGAGAAGAUGAUGCAUAAAGCUAUUGACCGGGUUCAAAAUAUGAAGCCAGCAGAGUAUGCUCAUAAGAUUUUGGAGUUACAAAUGCAAAGUAUAAUGGAAAAGAAAAUGAAAACUAAGAAAAGUCUUGCAAAGCAAUUCAAGGACAACCCAUCAUUAAUAACCUUCUUCUGUAAAAACUGUAGUGUGCUGGCCUGUUCUGGAGAAAACAUCCAAGUGAUUGAGAACAUGCAUCAUGUCAAUAUGACACAGGAAUUUAAGAAACUCUACAUUGUAAGAGAAAAUAAAGCACUACGAAAGAAACUGGCAGACUAUCAAACAAAUGGUGAGAUCAUUUGCAGCCAGUGUGGCCAGGCCUGGGGAACUAUGAUGGUGAACAAAGGUCUAGAUUUACCUUGCCUCAAAAUAAAAAAUUUUGUGGUGGCUUUUAAAAAUAAUUCCCAAAAGAAACAGUACAAAAAGUGGGUGGAACUGCCUAUAAGAUUUCCAAAGCUUGACUACACAGAACAUUGUAUGUUUAGUGAUGAAGAUGAAGAUUAAUAUGGACUUGAUAUUCUCUAAAUUCUUUGAACUUUAUAUUUUGACAAAGAAUACAGUCAUACUUUUGUAAUUAUUGUACCAGAGCACUGAGAGAAUGAAUAAAAACAUUUCUUUUAAAUCAUUUUGAGCUCUUUGAAGAAGGGUAUUCUGUCAGGUUUCAUAUUAUCCAUGUUAUUAGCGAGCAAAUAUUAAAAACUCCACAAAGCCACAUUUGAUUAAUAUAGGAGCUAACAUCAUAUAAUGUUGAAGAAACUAGAAAAGGCUUGGUUUGAAACUCACUACCCUAAUAUUCUCUUUGAGGGUCAUGAUAAUUGGCAGGAAAAUUACCAAAAAAGACAGAACUCAGAAGGAAAAGAAAUGAAAAAAACAAGUCCUAGAAAAUAAGAACCUAAAUAGGUAAGACAUUCCUAUAUAUCAAUCAUUGCUAUUGUUUAUUCCCAACUUUCAUUUCCUGAUCUCUGCUAAUUUGUGCAGCAAAGAGAUAAUAUUUGCCUCUUUUUAUUCAGGAGUGGUGGCCAUUCCACUCUUGUAUUUCCUAGUUUCCAUAAAAAAUGAGAACAAGGAAGCUUUGUAUACGUGAAUGAUUGAACGUUCCCCAAGCAGACAGAACAACCCCAGCUGAAAUACUUUUCAGUGGUACUCCUCGCUUUUCCCCAAAAUAAGUGAGGACCAGGAGCUACAAUCAGUUUUUAUCAAUGAAUGAUAAUUACUGAAUUACAUCAGCUGACUUGCUAUAAGAGUACUGUUCUCUCCUGAUAUAUCAAGAAAAGAAUUUUUGGCUACUUAUAGGAGAUUCUUCCUUCUCCUCUACUUCAGUUUAGAGACAUAAAUUAAACUUAAUUAGCACCAUGUUCUUUUGAUUUUUUUUGAUGAUAUCUAUAUCUGGGUAGAUAUUGAUCAACAAGAUUUAUCAUAUGAAAUGCAAAAAGGAUACAUUAAUCUUUCACCCCCCAAAAAAAACAAAAUAAAACCAAAAAAUGCCUCCAAAGAACUCCUAAAGACUAUGGAGAAAGAACUCUCUUCAAGCAGCGUCUGGAAACUGUACGAGAUUUUGUUGCUCAGUUGCGUACAACUUUUCAUGACUCCAUUGGGGUUUUCUUUUUGUCAUUUCCUUCUCCAGCUCAUUUUACAGAUAAGGAACUG